UUUUACUCAAUCUGAAUACGUUAACAAACCUGGAGGAUGAUAGAUUAGUCCAGUCCUUUUCAUUACGAAGGCAUCCUUUGGGAUUUUUGUCUAUAGUUAAUUGUUUUUUUUUUGUAAGCUGGCCGAAUGGCCUCAUGCAGUCGUGACCAUUAGAAGUAAAUUAACUACUAACCUUGCUUUUAUGGCAACAACUGUCCUGUUUUACUUUUUGAGAUAUUUGUCGAAUUUUUAGCGUUAUGCAUUUGGCAAUUUUCUUUUAAGUCAACCGAGUAUUUAGUAUUGAAGUUUAAAGUAGAGUUUGGGACCAUGGCAGAUGGCAGCGCCCCGACCCCUCGUGGUCGAGCCGCUGCUUUAAAGGCAAAACUUGAUCAGUUAAAAGCUCAGAGUGCGGUUGGAGUUGCUGCCAGCGAUGCUAAAACAGAGCCCCCGAAACCUAGAGGUAGAGCUGCAAUGUUGCAGAGAUUACAAAGCCAAAAAGUAGGUGGUAGUGGCGACUCCAGUAUAGUUACCACAAAGUCUCAAGUUUCGUCUGCUGCUUCUGAAAAAGUGUGGAAGAUUGAAACUUUGACAAAGGGCUUGGAGGAGGUGAGCUUAUCUGCAGAAGGAAAACCCGCAAUUUAUAAGGGCGAAUCAGGAAAGCCACUCAAAAUUUCUGCCAAUUACAUCCGACUCGAUAUACAAAAAGGCCAUGGCGUAUUUGAGUAUGAAGUGAAAUUUGAUCCUGAAUUGGACGCCAAAAACCAGCGAAUACGAAUGGUAAACCAAAUGAUGAGGGAUAUGGAAUCAGUAAAAGUUUUUGACGGAGGUCAUUGCUUGUAUCUCCCUAACAAAAUCCCUGAGGAUAUAAAGACAUACAAGAGUACAUUGCCUGGGAGCGACCAAGAAGUUGCAGUUACUAUCAUUUACAAGAGACAGAAGUAUUUUGGGGAUAAGGAGUGUCUACAUUUGUACAAUAUACUAUUCAAAAGGAUCAUGCACAUUUUACUUUAUACUCAGAUGGGAAGGAAUUAUUUUAAUCCCGCCCAUAAACAUCUCAUUCCUCAGCACAAGUUGGAGGUGUAUCCAGGUUUCGCAGUUACUGUAGACGAACUCGAAGGUGGUUUACUGUUAUGCCUAGAUACUCAACAUAAAGUGUUGCGUAAUCAAAACGCCUACGAAUUGUUAACUGAGAUCCGGUGCGCAUCAGAUCCAAGAAUGUUUAAGGAAAAUGCCAUGAAAAAUAUCAUUGGUUCUUGUGUUUUUACGCGCUACAACAAUAAGACUUACAUAAUUGAUGAUCUUCUCUGGGAUAUGACUCCCAAUGACACAUUCCCAACCAGAGAUGGAAACACAAUCACGUUUGUGGAUUAUUAUAAACAGCAAUACAACAUAACUAUUAAUGAUGUUAACCAACCCCUGCUUUUGCACCGGAGAAGUGUGAAGGUGUCAGGAAAAGCUGAAAAAGAGGACAGAAUGGUGUGUCUUGUUCCUGAACUGUCAUUUUUGACUGGCUUAACGGACACCAUGAGGAACGAUUUUAAAGUUAUGAAAGAUAUCGCCCAAUACACUCGUGUUACGCCACACCAGCGGAUGCAAGCCCUGAGGAUAUAUUUGGACAACGUCAAGAACAGCGAGAAGGCCCAACAAGUUCUGGCCCAGUGGGGUUUAUCGAUAGCCACCAGCAAUGUUGAGUUACCAGGUCGUCAGCUCGAACCAGAACUCAUUCGAUUUGGGAAUUCCAAUGAAAUAAUCGUCGGUCCUGGUGCCGAUUGGAACCGAGAUUUAACCAACAACACGGUUGCCUCGCCUGUAGAUCUCCACACUUGGGUGGUUUUUUACACUCAGCAAGAUGCGAAGUAUGCCAACGAUUUCGUGCAACACAUGGGUAGACUGGCUCGGCCUUUAGGUUGUGUUAUCAGUAAACCUCGGAUGGAACGGCUGCCCAAUGACCAGACUCAAACCUAUGUGACUUUUGUUAAGGAUAAAAUCGACAAGAAUGUUCAGGUUGCCGUAUUUAUUUGUCCGUCCAUGAGAAGCGAUCGAUACGCCGUAAUAAAGAAACUUUGCUGCGCCCAGUUGCCGGUUGCGUCGCAAGUCAUCAAUUCGAGGACCUUGUCCAAACCAGACAAAGUUCGUUCGAUUAUUUUGAAGAUCGCUUUGCAAAUUAACUGCAAACUUGGCGGAAGCCUGUGGACUGCCCGGUUUCCGUUCAGCGGCUGGAUGAUAUGCGGCAUCGACGUUUAUCACGGUUCGCCUCCAAAUUCGGUGUGUGGUUUCGUAACCAGCAUGAAUGACAGUAUUUCAAGGUGGUACUCGACAGCCUUAUUCCAAAGCAAAGAGCUGGGCGAUUUUUUCAAGGUGGCCUUCACCAAGUCUCUGGAGCAGUACAAAGACAGCACGGGAAAUUUUCCCGCGAAAGUAAUAAUCAUUAGAGACGGAGUGGGCGACGGACAGCUAGAUUACUGUCGUAGAUACGAGGUGGAGCAGUUCGAAAAUGUAAUUAAAGAAUUUGGGCUGUCGACGACCAUUUGUUUCGUGGUGGUGCAGAAGCGUAUCAACACCAGGAUGUUCAGUUUCGACAGAAACGGCGAACCGGAAAAUCCACCACCAGGCACGAUUCUAGAUCACACCGUGACGAGAAAAUAUCUGUACGACUUCUUCAUGGUGCCACAGAGUGUUAGGCAAGGAACAGUUAACCCAACCCACUAUAUAGUACUUCACGAUACGUGCAAACUGAAACCCGACUACGUACAAAGGUUGUGCUACAAGCUGUGCCACUUGUAUUACAACUGGCCAGGGACCAUAAGGGUGCCCGCCCCAUGUCAGUACGCGCACAAAUUAGCCGCCAUGGUGGGUCAGCAUGUAAAGACGAAACCUAGCGCUGAGCUAGCGGACAAGUUAUGGUUUUUGUAAAACCGUUAGGCUAGAAAGUACCUGACCUAAUUUUGAGGACUUAAAAUUUGUGUUAGCCUUCGCAAUUAUCAUUGUGUAUUCUUUAGUUCGGGUUAGAAUACAUUUUCUCAUCUCUAUUAGUUUGUUAAAAUUGUUCAUUAAUUUUGUAUUCAAUAAUGGGAAAAAAUGUUUGAACGCAAUAUUUUUUGUGUUGUAUCAAUAUGUUUCUUUCUUGUAGUUAUAAUGUUUGAUUUUGUAACAUGAA